CGUCUUUUUUUUCUUCUUCUCUUCUUUGCCUUUCUUCCGUCGACCUAGCUACAUCAAAGUUUCGAGACUCUUCUACCCUUUUCACGAGACUCUUUCUUCCAUUCUUAUCUACUGCCACUAUGUCGGGCGAGUCGGUCAUCAAUCUUGAUGAUUCCAACACCAUUAUCACACUGAAUCCAGCUUCCCACGAAGCUCACCGGCGACAAUUUUCCGAAUUGGCGUGCUCAAUUUCUUACUCUCCUUCGUGGCCUUGAUCUUCUCAAAUUUCUCGAUGACACGCAUCCUGCCCCGGCUGAAACUGAGGCUCCUAGUGUUCGCAAUCGUUGGUACAGGCAAGAUCAAUUGCUUCUUCACUCUAUUCUCGCAUCGGUUUCCCCGGGUGUCUCUCCUUAUGUCUCUGCAUCUAAGUCCUCCCGUGAAGCCUGGAAAACUUUGGAACCUUUGCUCGCUGGUCAGUCUCGUCAAAGGGUUGUCAAUCUAAAAGGAAAAGUUUAUCACGGAGGUCCAAGGAGCACAUCCAGUCUCUGUUUAUUUACAGUCUAUGCGCACCACUGCUGCCGAGUUGGCGCUGAUCAAUGCUUUGGUUACUGACGAAGAUUUAAUUCUUCAUAUUCUUCGGCUGGCAUUGACGGCAGCAAGGGUGUCCUCUUCGGCCUGGUAUAACCGGCUCGGCCACCCCCAUCUCAAGCUUCUUUCACGUGUCUUAAGUAAUCAGUCUCUACCGGUUAUUUCCUUCGCUUCUCAUUCUCAAGUGAAUCCUGUUCGCUACAUAAAAGUCACAAACUCCCUUUUUCAAUCUCUAGUUUAUCCAGUACUUGACCUUUUGAUUUGUUAUAUAUGGAUGUUUGGGGGUCUUCGCCCGUUCUUUCUCGUGAUAAUUUCUCGUACUAUUUAGUGAUUGUUGAUCAUUUUACAAGUGCAUCAUGUUUUCAUCACUUACAAAGCUAUGAUUGAGAAUUUCUUUCACACCACUAUUCGCCGUAUUUAUAGUGAUGGUGGUGGUGAGUUUCAAAAGCUACGUUUGUAUCUUCAAACUCAUGGCAUCACCCAUCUUUUAACCUCUCCACAUACUCCCCAACACAAUGGCCUUGCCGAACGCAAACACAGGCAUAUAGUUGAAACUGGACUCACUCUUCUCCAUACUGCAAAUCUCCCACUUUGUUUCUGGUCCCAUGCUUUCAAAACAGCCACAUACCUCAUCAACCGCCUCUCUUCUUCUUCUCUUCGUGGACAAACUCCAUUCUUUUCUUUGUUUAAUGAGAAACCCAACUACCACAAACUACGUGUCUUUGGCUGUGUUUGUUACCCCUGGCUUCGCCCCUAUUCCUCUCACAAAUUAUCUCCUCGCUCCCGUCAUUGCUUGUCUUGGCUACUCACCUUCCCAAAGCGCAUAUCUUUGCUACGAACCUAUUGCAACCCGUCUUUUUGUCUCUCGCCACGUUCAGUUCAGCGAAUCCCUUCUUCCAGGCCUUCCAUCUGCCUCCUCUUCUCACUUUGAUUCGCCUGCUAGGGUCAUCUAAACUACUCCUCCCAUUCAAUUUAUUCCACUGCCGCCUCCUUCAUCACCCGUCUCGCCACCAGCUCCUGCAUCUCUUCCUCACCAAGUAAUCAGGUUCCACCGCCACCAGCCAAGGCCCCCGGCGACCGACCACCCGCAGUCAGCAUGGCAUAUUUUUCCCCAAUAAAUUAUGUAUCUCGCAGGUAUCCAUGGAGGUUGUGCCCACUUCUGUCGCCGAAGCCCUCGGCAACCCCUGCUGGGUCGCUGCUAUGCGGGCUGAGAUUCGAGCUCUUAUUGCUAAUCGCACAUGGUCUUUAGUGUCGCUUCCUGUCUCUACAAACAUUGUUGACUAUCGGUGGGUCUUCCGCAUCAAGCGUCAGCCGGAUGGGUCUAUUGAUCGCUUCAAAGCCCGCCUUAUUUCCCAAGGCUAUACUCAAUGUCCCGACAUUGAUUCUCAUGAAACCUACAACCCGGUGUUGAAGCCAGUAACCAUUCGCACAGUAUUCUCUAUUGCUCUAUCUCAAUGGUGGCCUAUCUUGCAGUUCGACGUAAACAAUGUUUCUGACAGGGAUCUCUAGCCGAAACAGUAUUUAUGGCCCAACCGCCUAGCCUCCAUGACACUCAAUUUCCAGAUCAUGUCUUUUGCUUAUCUCGAGCCCUCUACGGUCUUCGUCAGGCUCCCCGCUCAUGGUAUACGGAGUUAUCCACUUUCCUCGAGACCGAAUGGUUUGUCAAGUCGUUAAAGUGAUGCAUCCUUGUUCAUUUAUCAUCGCGGGCAGGUCACUCUUUACUUCCUAGUUUAUGUUGAUGGUUUGUUGCUCACCGACAAUCAUACUGCUGCUCUCGCCGACUUUCAACGUAGCCUUGCUGCCUGAUUUUCACUAAAGAGUCUCGGCAACGUCGGAUACUUCUUGGGCAUUGAGGUACUCCCCUCUUCCUCUAGGUUUUUGCUUUAUCAACAAUCUUAUACAGGAUAUUCUCCACUGCUUUGGGAUGGUCGACUGCCACCCAGCUCUCACUCCAUUGUCUUCCGCCGCCAAGCUUCUUCUUUGUGAUGACUCUCCUCCAGCUGAUACUACCUUGUAUAAGCAAGUGUUGGGCUCUCUAUAAUAUCUAUUAUGUACACGACUCGAUAUCGCCUUCGCCGUCAACUAAUUGUCCCAAUUCAUGCACGCUCCUACUCAGCUACACUGGAAACAUGUCAAAAGGAUUCUUCGCUACCUCAAAGGCACGCCAACACUUGGUCUUCGCCUCUCUCUCGCCGUGACAUCUUCUCUUGUUGCUUUCUCCGAUUCCGACUGGGCUGGCGAUCUCAAUGACCAUACUUCAACCAUGGCGUAUCUUGUUUACUAUGGCGGAAAUCUCAUUUCAUGGAAGUCCGAAAAACAACGCUCUAUUGCUCGAUUGAGUAUGGAGGCUGAGUAUCGCGGUCUUGCCCAAGCCAUGACCGAAAUACUUUGGGUUCAAAAUCUGCUUUUGGGACUACAUGAUAGAAACCCGCUUAUUUGAAUUUCUAACGAUUUACGUAACCGGUAAUUUAGAAAGGGGAUUUAGGGAUUGAGAAUAGAAAUUAGGGAUUAGGAGAAGAAUUGGGGAUUUGGGGAAGAACGGCCGAGGCCUUUGAGGAAGAAAGACAAACGAGGUUGAGAGAGAACAUAAUAGGGUUUUGGGAGAUAAUUGUUUUACUGAUUUCUGCUUAAUUGAACAAAAGACCCAUAAUACAUAUUUAUAGCUAAAUACUGGAAAAUCCUAAUAGACUAUCCUAAUGUGACUCAAUGACUACUACCAUAUCUAAUAAUAUCCUAAUUAUAGUAAUAAUAAUUAUUAUGCUAAAUCCCAAGAAUUGGGUUUCCAUCAUCCCCUCCCCCUUGAGACCAACCUUGCCCUCAAGGUUGACCGACUCGAAACAUUUCUUCACAUCGCCCGCUCAACCCGCGCAUUUGAUCCUCCAUCUCUUGUGCUUUCUUUUCUUCCAAUUGCUCCACUACUCGACUUGUACUUCUUGCAUUGGUCCAACUUUUCGAACCUCACUUCUAUGGGCCCACUAUUUGCUUCCUUCUUGUGCAAGAAUCUGCCCUUGAGCAUCAAACCAUCAAAAACUUCAAACUCCCUGUCGGUGGCCCAUGCGUGUUCAUGCUCGUCAAGCGGCCAAAAUUCUUGACUAGUAUCGACCUUCCUUGGCUUUAGUCCAUCAACUUGUUUACUCGUCUCUUCAAUGACUAUUGAUUCAUGAUUCCUUGAGGCCUCACUCUCUAAACUCAUAAAUUCAUCUUCAUUUU